UCGUCGUUGACAUUCCAUCCAUAUCCCCAUCCCAUCUCCGGCGAAAAAGAAGAAGAAGAGAGAAACAUGUCUGGACAGGACCUCUCAUCUUACCCUCUGCUCUUUUUCCAGCCAAGCGAGUCAGCUCAAACAGUCGAACCGGCCGAAUCGUUCCCACCGAUCUUGGAUGAGUCGGAUCUUCUCCCCUGCAUAGAUCUACAGAAGCUGAACCCGGUGGAGAUUGGAAAGGCUUGUAGGGACUGGGGCAUGUUCCGAUUGGUCAACCAUGGAAUCCCAAUGGAGCUCACGGCCCAGCUUCAAGAGGAGUCGAAGAAGCUCUUCUCUCUCCCCUUUGAAUCUAAGAAGGCCAGGAUCCAAAGCCCAUUGUCCUACUUUUGGGGUACACCUGCCCUUACUCCCAAUGGAGUGGUCAUAACAAAAGAAGUCCAGAACGUGAAUAGGAUGGAGGGUAUCUUUACGAUUCUGAACCAACUGCCUCAAAUGCUAGGAGAUGAUCCUGUGUUGCACUCUUUCAGGAGUUUAUUGGAGGAAUAUGGGAGGCACAUGGCUCGACUGGGUCGAUGCCUAUUCGAAGCUCUAAGGAAGAACGUAGGCAUGGAUCCAACAUUAUCUCAAUCGUAUCUAUCCGAAUCCACUGGGACGUUUCGGGUUUACCGCUACCUUCAGUGCUCCGAACCCAACAAAGCAGAAGGACUUGGUGCCCACACCGAUAGCACUGUCCUCUCUAUAUUGAAUCAGAAUGAAGUUGGAGGCUUACAGAUCUGCAAAGAUGAUAGGUGGAUGGAAAUAAGGCCAAUCACCAACACCCUCAUCGUUAACAUUGGUGACAUGUUUCAGGUGAUGAGCAACGAUGAAUAUAAGAGUGUGAAACAUAGAGUGAUGAACAAACGAGAGGAAAGGAUCUCAAUAUGCUAUUUCGUGUUCCCUGAGGGCGAUGGUGUAAUUCACAGCACAAAAUAUAAGCCCUUCACUUACAAGGACUUCAGAGCACAGGUGCAAGAAGACUUGAAGACCAUUGGUUUCAAGGUAGGGCUCCAGCGAUUCAGGGUUCCAUAGAGUGACCUUC